UCCAAAAUGAUGUUCUACAUUCUUCGAACCUCUCUAAAAAAUGUAUUAUCGUCAAAUCUCCCCAGAAUGCUCUGCCCGCUCCACCCCGCCGUGGCAUCCUCCGCAGCUAUCGGUGCUCUCCGAUGGCAGUCCCGUAGAAAUAAUGGCAAUCACUCCCCGUCUGGUUAUCCUUCUAGAUCUCUUUUCUCCUCGUACAAUUUCCUCUUCUCUCUCCUCCUCAUCUCAUCAUCAAUUUCAUGGACUCUAGUGAUUCCUCCCAGGGCCGCAUCACCAACCGCCUCGCCCUCGUUCAGCAACAGCUCUCUCCCUCCAACAGCUCCACAUCUACACCCUCCAACACUCGACCUCAACCACCCACCAUGUCCCGCGAUCCCAUUACCUGCCACUGUCUCAAUACCCUGACCGGCACACCCGCCGCCAACUUGCCCGUCACUCUGACCCUGCUAUCGGCGCCCGCCUCACCCUCCAGCCCGGUCACCUUCCACGCUACGACCAACGCCGACGGUCGUGUCGCAAAGUGGACGCCCACUGGCGCCAGCGCCAGCGCCGCCGCCUCCGUCCAAGAGAUCCUGGCUGCGCUCCCCGCGGCCGAUAGCAAGACCAAUUGGGCGGUGCGCUUCGAUGUUGGACCCUGGUAUGAGGCUCAGGGUAUCGAGAGCUUCUGGCCGGAGGUUGAGGUGAAGUUCACCGUUAAGGGUCGUGGCAAGGACGGUGAGGAGGGUUGGCGCCAUUAUCAUGUGCCCGUGCUGUUGGGACCUUGGAAUUACUCAACCUACCGGGGAUCUUGAUUGUGGUUUUUGCUGGAUGAUCUAUUUUUUUGCUGGUUCCUAUGUAUAUAAAUGUGUGAAAUGUGACCUUUUUU